CUGCUCCCUGAGCACUUUCUGACCCACAGUCCCCCAGCGCCGGACGCGCCGCGCCACGGCGGCUCUAGGGACCCGCCACGGCGGCGCUAGGGACCCCCCGCGCCUGCACUGUCCCCGCGCGGACGAGUAGGGGGCGCCCGCGCCUUUGCCCCCGUGCGCACCCCCGCCCCGCUCACCUUAGCCCCGCGCCCGAGGGUUUGGAAAUCCCUUGUCUUCAGGUUGCUGGGAUUGACUUCUUGCUCAAUUGAAUCGCUCACUCAAUGGAGACAAAGAGAACUAAUGCUUUGUGCUGAUUCAUAUUUGAAUCAAAGCAUUGGGGAGUCUGUAUGCCUUGUUUGUGGAAAGAACCAGUGACACUAUCACUGAGCUUCCUAAAACUUCUGAAGAUAAGAAGUUAGAGGACUGUAUACUUUGUUUUGAACUUUUAUAAUAAAUAUUUGCUCUAGUUUUGAAGCCCAGGGCUGCUGGAGGUGUGAGUGACAAGUCUUACAAGUGGCCUUAUUCCAACUCCGGAAAUUCCCCAAGGAAACUUUGAGAUUCUUGUUUUUUAUAAAACCUAGAGUGACAGGAACCAUGCCAACCCAAUCCCUCUUAGUGUACAUGGAUGGGCCAGAAGUGAUUGGCAGUUCUCUUGGCACCCAGAUGGAGAUAGAUGAUGCCAUCUCAAUAAAAGGGACCACUGCUGUUCCUUUCAGAGCUACGCAAGAAAAAAAUGUCAUCCAAAUAGAGGGAUAUAUGCCUUUGGACUGCAUGUUCUGCAGUCAGACCUUCGCACAUUCAGAAGACCUUAACAAACAUGUCUUAAUGCAACAUCGGCCUACCCUUUGUGAACCAGCAGUGCUGCGGGUGGAAGCCGAGUAUCUGAGUCCUCUUGAUAAAAGUCAGGUGCGAACAGAACCUCCAAAGGACAAGAAUGGCAAAGAAAAUGAAGACUUUAGCUGUGAGGUAUGUGGGCAGACAUUUAGAGUCGCUUUUGAUGUUGAGAUCCACAUGAAGAAACACAAGGACUCUUUCACUUACGGGUGUAACAUGUGUGGAAGAAGAUUCAAGGAGCCGUGGUUUCUAAAAAAUCAUAUGCGGACGCAUAAUGGCAAGUCGGGGGCCAGGAACAAACUGCAGCAAGGCUUGGAGAGUCCAGUAACCAUCAACGAGGUUGUGCAGGAACACGCAGCCGAGAGCAUCUCAUCUCCUUACAAAAUCUGCAUGGUUUGUGGCUUCCUAUUUCCAAAUAAAGAAAGUCUAAUUGAGCACAGCAAGAUGCACACCAAAAAAACGGCUUCCGGCCCCAGCAGUACACAAACGGGCUCUCAACAAGAGGGAAUGCCUCCUCCGAGGGAAGAGUUCCUGCAGUGUUUAAACCUAAGACCAAAAUCUCACCCUGAAACGGUGAAGAAGCUCGUGAAAUGGAUACCUCAGCUUGACCCGUUCACCACCUACCAGGCCUGGCAGCUGGCCACCAAGGGCAAGGUCGCCAUCGGCCAGGAAGAAGUGAAGGAGUCAGGGCAAGAAGGAAGCACCGACAAUGACGAUUCGAGUUCAGAAAAAGAACUUGGAGAAAUUUGGAGCGCCACUAAAAGCCAUUCGGAAGGUUCUGGAAAGUCCAAAACAAAUAAAAGCAGUUGUACAGGCUUCUCACAAGACAAAGAGAAGUCCAGACACUCCAACGGUGAAGUGCCUUCUGUGGACGUGGACCCAAAGCUACCCAGUAACAAGGAGAAGCCGACGCACUGCUCUGAGUGCGGCAAAGCUUUCAGAACCUACCACCAGCUGGUCUUGCACUCAAGGGUGCACAAGAAGGACAGACGGGCGGGUGCCGAGUCGCCCACCAUGUCUGUCGACGGAAGGCAGCCUGGGACGUGCUCUCCAGACCUAACCGCCGCUCUGGACGAAAACGGAGCCGUGGAGCGAGGGGAAGGUGGUUCUGAAGAUGGCUCUGAGGAUGGGCUUCCUGAAGGGCUCCAUCUGGAUAAAAGUGAUGAUGGAGGAAAAAUAAAGCAUCUCACAUCCUCAAGAGAGUGUAGUUACUGUGGAAAGUUUUUCCGUUCAAAUUAUUACCUCAAUAUUCAUCUCAGAACCCAUACAGGUGAAAAACCAUACAAAUGUGAAUUUUGUGACUAUGCUGCAGCCCAGAAGACAUCUCUGAGGUAUCACUUGGAGAGACAUCACAAGGAUAAACAGAUGGAUGUUGCUGCUGAAGUCAAGAACGACGGUAAACAUCAGGAGACUGAAGAUGCACUAUUAACCGCCGACAGUGCGCAAACCAAAAAUUUGAAAAGAUUUUUUGAUGGUGCCAAAGAUGUUAAAGGCAGUCCACCUGCAAAGCAGCUUAAGGAGGUGCCUGCUGUCUUUCAGAAUGUUCUGGGCAGCGCUGUCCUCUCACCAGCACACAAAGACACUCAGGAUUUCAAUAAAAAUGCAGCCGAUGACAGUGCAGACAAAGUAAACAAAAGUCCUGCCCCUGCUUACCUGGACGUGUUAAAAAAGAGAUCAGCAGUUGAACCUCAGGCAAAUAACCUCAUCUGUAAAACAGAAGGGGGUGUUGCUCCUCCUCCAGAUGGAAGCACCACCCAGAACGUCGAUGUCAGCCCCAAAGAGAAGAAGGUGGAGGUGGCAGCAGACUGCAAAUACAAGCCGAGCCCGGACUCUCAUGACACACCUUUAAAUUUAUCCCUCGGGGCUCUUCACAACUGCCCAGCAAUUUCUUUGAGUAAAAAUUUAAUCCCAAGUAGCACCUGUCCAUUUUGUACCUUCAAGACAUUUUAUCCAGAAGUUUUAAUUAUGCACCAGAGACUGGAGCAUAAAUACAAUCCGGACAUUCAUAAAAACUGUAGAAACAAGUCUUUGCUUAGAAGUAGGCGUACGGGGUGCCCGCCAGCGUUACUGGGGAAAGAUGUGCCUCCCUUGUCUGUUUUCUCUAAGCCCAAGCCCAGGGCUGCUUUCCCAGCGCAGUGCAAGUCCCUGCCCUCCGAGAAGCUGAAGCAGAGCCCCCCGGGGCCGGGCAAAGCCCCUCUGACUUCAGGGAUAGACCCCAGCACUUUAGCCCCAAGCAACCUGAAGUCGCACAGGCCGCCACCGAGCGUCGGGGGCCCGGGGGCCGCGGCCCCCAGGCAGCAGCAGGCUGAGACGUUUUCUAAAACCAGUGUUGCACCCGCAGCGGACAAAACAAAAAGACCCGAGACAAAAUUGAAACCUCUCCAGGUAGCCCCUUCUCAGCCCCCCCUCGGCGGCAGUAACGUCAAUGGUUCCGUCGACUACCCCCCUAAGAACGACAGCCCGUGGGCCCCGCAAGGCAGAGACUAUCUCUGCGGUCGGAACGCGGGCGGCCCCGCCGCAGACUUCGGGGAGCCUCUCCCCAAAAGGCUGAAGUCCGGCGGAGCCGCGCUGGACGCCGACCAGCCGGGGCCCAAUUACAGAAGGGGCUACGACCUCCCCAAGUACCACGUUGUCAGAAGCAUCACGUCGCUGUUACCCCAGGAGUAUAUGUGCUCGUCGCCGGCGUUGCCCCCCAAGCCGCGGUUCCUGGGCUCCAGGGAGGCCGAUGCCCCGACCGUGCUGACUGUCCCGAAGGCCUGCGGCGGCCCCGGGCCGCGCUACGCCUGUGUGCCCGCCGCCAGCCCGGCCGCGGGCGCCGCGCUGCAAGGAAAAAGGCCUGUGUCGUAUCAACACUUAUCUAGCAGCAUGAUGCAGAAGAGAAACUAUGAGAAUUUUAUUGGGAGUGCACAUUAUCGACCAAAUGACAAAAAAACUUGAUUUCUUAUUUUUAGGGAAAAAAGGUCUUGAUGGAUAUAAAUGCAUACCCUCCAUGAAAUUAUAGUUCAUCCUUUGAGAAAGUGAAUGGUGAAAGCUACUGAAAUAAGCUGUGAUUGUACUGUACAUAUAACAUAUAAGGAACACUACAGUUUUGUAAAGUUGUUCUGUUAACUUUUGUACCAAAUAGCAAUAAAACUAGUUGUUGGGCUGUAUACAAGUGGGGACUAGAAAUCUCUAUUUUGUCCCUGAAUAAUAUUUUUUUUAGAAUUGACCAAAUAAGAAGUGGAAUUUUUGCAUACUUGAGCGCUGCUGAAAAGAAAUCAUUUGGGUAGGGUAGGGUGGGGUGGGGUGGGGGAAAAGUAUAUAAUGCUUGCACCUCAGGUAAAAAUCUGUAAAUAUUUAAGUUGUAAAUUGUAAACCUGCUUGUUCAAAUACUAUGUGUAUUCCUUUUCUCAUGUAGCUCAUCACUUUGAGCAGUUUCUACUAUUUGUGCUCUUUCAUUUAAAAUGUAUGUUUUUAAAAGAAUUCUCAAUGAUUUGUAUUAUGUUGAAUCCUCUGAAAUCUAUUGUUGUCUUAAUGAAAUUGUUAACGGAAGUAUUGACCCUCUAUGACUAUGUGCUGUGUGUGCUGAGGUCAGCCAUUCUGAAUUGGCACCCUGUUGUUGCAAAUUCAGCAUAUCAGCUGAGGGAGACCUUCCUGGCCACUCCCGAUGUCCUGGAACCAGCACCCUCCUUUCCUGAGGGAUGGGGCGGUUUGGGGGGUAAAGUGAGUGUCUGCAGAAGAAGCAUUUCCUCAGAGCAGCCAGAUAUCAAGUAAACAUCCCAAACUGUGGAGUCAGUUAAAUUUGUUAUCUAUCAAAUUAAUCAUUUUUGUUGGAAAAUUCAGUUUUUUUGAGUGUUUGCCUAAAUUAGUACAUUAAAAUGUAAGUGUUAAAUUAUAUGUGUGAAUUCCAAGUAUUGGGAAGCAAUUUUAAAGGAAAUGAAAGGUUUUUUUGAAAAUUUUAGGUUUGUAUUUGGUAGUCUUGGCGUGUCUGGCAUUCGGGUUGACUGUGGACAUAUUAAAGUUAAUUACAGACCCAUUGAUUCUGACUAAGAAACUGCUGGCUGAGCCUCCUGGGAAGAGUGAAGCUGUUUCUAGACCUCAUUUGUCUUCCCAUUUUUGGUUGUUUUGAAGGAGCAACGUUUUUUUCUCGGUGCACAUGCAGUUUGGGUUUUAGGAGAGCCACAAGCUGGCUUACUAGAUAUUUUAAACUUUUGUUCCUUUAAUGUGCUGUCCCUGGCUGAGUUGAUUCAGCAGUACGUGGAUUUAGCAACCACAAAAUAUUUUUAUUAAGAAACUGUUUCAAAAUAAUUUGCACUGUUAAUUUUUCUGGCCCUACUCUUCUCCACAGAGCAAGGAUAAAGUCCUAAAGGAGUCCUGAUUUUUUUUUUCCAUUAUGCAACAUGAGGUGUCCUUGGUAGAAGUCUUAACUCCUGCGCUAAAGGGAGACUUAACUGAGAUCGGUCUGCUGGCGUCGCAAUGAAGUGCUUUGUAUCAGGAACGUGUACACUAUUGAUCUUGUUUCCUGUUCACAAGCUGAGCCAUAUGUACAUAAUCUAGAUUUUGUUUUCAUAGUUUUGCACUUUUAUAGCCUAUUUUUGAAGAUUAACACAUUUGCGAGAUAAUUGGUCGUGACUUUGCCUGAUCCAAUGAGUGUUACAGAAAGCUUGCUGUGACUAUAAACGUAAAUCUUAAAAAGGGGGUAUGUGAUAAUAGAGGGCUGAAAUUUAAGCCUGUAUUUAAAAAAAUCACCAAAUCUAUUUGAAAACAAGUCAGUUUGUGUUAUGCCAAAAUUUUUUGGGCUUUCAGAUUUCUCCUUUUCAACCACAUUUCUGAAUGGGUAAAAACACCAAGUUUUUUCACAGCCCUUUGUACUUCAAAAUAUGUUUUUUUGUCCAUCAGUAUUAACUAUUGGUAUACUACUGGUUUUGUAUGUUUUUUUUCCUUUGAGACAACAGUACAUAUAAUAGAGGUACAAUUCGUUGGAUUUUUGUUUAUGUAUUUAUUUCAUUCCAGUUUGAUUUAUUUUAAUUGUUGAUACUUAAGUUGUCAAAUAGUAGACAUUACUUGUUUUAUUUAUGAUAUAUUUCCAGCUUAAACUUAUGUUAUUAUAUGUGGAUGUAAAUAUAGAUUUGGUGUUUUGCAA